GACCAGGAUGGAUGGCGUGUUGGGCUGAUAUAUAUGUGGUAACUGUGGUGAUGAAGGUAUGAGGUCACCGAGACGUAACAGAGAGACGCUUCAUAAAUACUGAAAAAUCUGCAGCAUUUGCAACACUCUAUUGAUAAAGAAUGGCUACUACGGCAAAACCCCUGACCGUCUCGCAGCGCGCACUUUCAUCUCCGCUCUAUAUCGCGUUUUACGUGAUUCUGGUGCUGCUGGGGAACUUGGGGAACAGUUUGGUCAUCGGGGUGGUUGGCGAGGGCCUUCUGCGGGAGCCGGGAGUCGCCCGCAGCUCUGAUAUUAUCCUGGUCAACAUGGCUUUAUCCAACCUGAUGGUGUCGUUGACGAGAAACUCUCUUCUGGUGAUUUCCGACAUGGGAGUGCAGGUUUUCCUCAAUAGAAACUGGUGCCGCUUCAUGAUGGGCAUCUGGGUUUGGGUCCGCUCUGCUAAUGUCUGGUCGACGUUCUUUCUGAGCGCGUUUCACUUCCAGACUCUGCGUCGGGUCGCUCCUCCUGUCUCGAAUGUGCACGGUCACCCCGGACCCCCACGAUCCCUGAUAUUUGGCUUGUGCCUCAUCUGGAGCCUCAACCUGAUCUACUCCAUCCCUGCCUUCAUCUUCUCCAAGAACGGAGACGCAAACUCCACAGAGACGCUGAUGUUGGUGAGCAGCACCACUCGGCCACUGCUGGGCUGCAUCUGGAACUUUCCUUCAGCCUACAGUGGCCUGGCCUUCGCCACCUCCUCCAUGAUCCUCCAUGAGUCCAUCCCCAUCUGCCUGAUGAGUAUCACCAACAUGGGCUCCCUGUUGGCUCUGUAUGCUCACGGUGAGGCUCGGAGAGCCGCCAAGAAGAGUUCGGAUGCUCCGGUGGUCUCCCGCAUCCCUGCAGAGCGACGGGCAGCAAAGGUGAUUCUGGCGCUCAACAUCCUCUUCAUUCUGUCGUGGGGCACCAGCGUCAUCUCUGUCAACUAUUUCAACUAUAACCGCGGAUCGUCCACAGACUGGCUGCUCAUCGCCGCUCGUAUCGGCAACAUCACCUUCAUCGCACUUUCACCAAUCGUCCUGGCCGUGGGACACCGGAGACUGCGAGCAUUUCUAGCGUCAAUCCUGACACAUUCAAUCGCUCUCUGUCGCCACCUAUGGACAUACAAGCUUCAGAAAUGAAAUAUAUACAUGCAGUCGAGCACGAAAUCAUACCGUACUCCCAAAUUCAACAAGUCGGAAUUUAAGUCAGAAUUUGCCAGGGGUUUGAAUAGUUUUGGGCUUGACUGUAUAAUAUAUAUAGCCUUUUAUUUAUUUCUAAUAUAUCUAUUUUCAGCAUCAUCAGGUAUAUGUAACGUGUCACAUAUUUAUUUUUAAUAAAGUUGCAUUGAUUACCCAACAAUGAAAGCAGUUGUGUGGCAUUUAAAAUC